CGACGCAUUCCAUGCCUCCACGUCACACCAGCAGCUGAAAGCCGGAACUGGAAGGCGAGCUGAGCGUGAGUCCGUGGAGCUCGGGGGGAAAGCUGCCUGGCAAGACCGGGGAUUGUGUAGGCCUUGUCCCUGUGUGAUCAGCAGGAUGUGCAGAGCAGAGGUUUAGCAGCCGCAGAAGGACUGGUCAGCCCCCUCCCCUCACAGUGUGUGGCCAUGGGCUGGUUAACUUUAACACUGGCUGGGAUGAGGAGCAUACUGCUCUCCUUCAUAUUGUCUGUGGCCGUACUCCGGACUGGACAAGCUGCCAUGACCAAGGAAGAGAAAGCUCAGCUCAGGAGUCAAGUGCUGGAAAUGUUUGAUCACGCAUAUGGAAAUUAUAUGACACAUGCUUACCCAGCUGAUGAACUGAUGCCUUUGACGUGUCGAGGAAGAAUACGUGGCCAAGAACCAAGCAGGGGUGAUGUGGAUGAUGCAUUGGGAAAAUUUUCUUUGACCUUAAUUGAUACUCUGGAUACUCUAGUGGUGUUGAACAAAACCAAGUUGUUCGAAGAAGCUGUUCGAAAAGUAAUCAAUGAUGUAAACUUAGAUAAUGAUAUUGUGGUGUCCGUUUUUGAAACAAACAUCAGAGUAUUGGGUGGUCUCCUUGGAGGGCAUUCACUUGCCAUAAUGCUGAAAGAAAGUGGUGAGCGAAUGGAUUGGUACAAUGAUGAACUGUUACAUAUGGCUAAGGAGCUCGGCUACAAACUUCUCCCCGCAUUCAACACAACUAGUGGCCUCCCCUAUCCAAGAGUUAACUUAAAGUUUGGGAUCAGACGUCCAGAAGCCCGCACAGGAACGGAGACGGAUACGUGCACAGCUUGUGCGGGGACGUUAAUCUUAGAAUUUGCUGCUCUUAGCCGAUUUACGGGGAUAUCAAUAUUUGAGGAGUAUGCACGAAAGGCACUAGAUUUUCUAUGGGAGAAACGUCAGCGCAGUAGUAAUUUGGUUGGUGUAACGAUAAAUAUCCAUACCGGAGACUGGGUACGCAAAGACAGUGGUGUGGGCGCAGGGAUUGAUUCAUAUUAUGAGUAUUUAUUGAAGGCCUACGUACUGCUUGGAGAUGACAACUACCUUAAAAGAUUUAACACGCAUUAUGACGCCAUCAUGCGCUAUAUCAGUCAGCCUCCUCUAUUGCUCGAUGUACAUAUUCACAAACCAAUGCUGACAGCCCGAACCUGGAUGGAUUCCCUCCUUGCCUUUUUCCCAGGACUUCAGGUCUUAAAGGGAGACAUAAGACCUGCGAUAGAGACCCAUGAAAUGUUGUACCAGGUGAUCAAAAAGCACAAUUUUCUCCCAGAGGCUUUUACAACAGAUUUCAGAGUACACUGGGCUCAGCAUCCAUUAAGACCAGAAUUUGCAGAAAGUACAUAUUUCUUGUAUAAAGCUACAGGUGAUCCCUACUAUCUGGAGGUUGGAAAAACCCUCAUUGACAAUCUGAAUAAAUAUGCACGAGUGCCGUGUGGCUUUGCCGCAGUUAAAGAUGUGCGCACAGGAAGCCACGAGGAUAGGAUGGAUUCCUUCUUCCUGGCUGAAAUGUUUAAAUAUCUGUACUUGUUGUUUUCGGAGCGAGAAGACCUUAUCUUUGAUAUAGAGGAUUAUAUUUUUACUACAGAAGCCCACCUCUUACCCCUCUCGCUUUCAACGGCGAAUCAAACCAAGCCUAAGAAAAACACGACAACUCAGUACACAGAGUUGGAUGAUAGCAACUUUGAUUGGUCGUGCCCAAACACACAGAUUCUUUUUCGAAAUGACCCAAUGUAUGCACAGAGCAUUCGAGAACCUUUAAAAAACGUGGUUGAUAAGACUUGCCCACGAAGUUCAUCAAGAGUGGAUGAGACCUCUGGGGGUGGGAACAGGCCGCCACUUCGUGCCAGAGAUUUUAUGGCAAGUAAUUCAGAACAUUUGGACAUCCUGAAGAAAAUGGGAGUGAGUCUCAUUCACCUUAAAGAUGGACGGGUCCAGCUGGUUCAACAUGCCAACCAGGCUGCAAGUUCUGUGGAUGCAGAGGAUGGUUUGCGUUUUAUGCAGGAAAUGAUUGAAUUGUCCAGCCAGCAACAGAAAGAGCAACAACUGCCUCCACGUGCUGUCCAGAUAGUUUCCCACCCAUUUUACGGAAGGGUGGUACUGACUGCUGGGCCUGCCCAAUUUGGAAUGGACCUUUCCAAGAAUGUAGCAGGGGCUAGAGGCUUUGUAGCCAGGACUGAGCCAUACAGCGGCUGCUCUGACGUUACAAAUGCUGAAUCGAUAAAGGGGAAAAUUGCACUCAUGCAAAGGGGUCAGUGUAUGUUUGCUGAGAAGGCCCGCAAUGUCCAGAAAUCCGGGGCUAUUGGAGGAAUUGUCAUUGAUGAUAAUGAUGGCAGCAGCAGUGACACAGCCCCCCUUUUCCAAAUGGCUGGAGAUGGGAAGAAUACGGAUGACAUUACAAUUCCUAUGUUGUUUCUGUUCAGCAAGGAGGGGAAUAUUAUUCUAGAUGCCAUCCAAGAGUACCAGGAAGUGGAGGUUCUCCUGUCGGAUAAAGCCAAAGACAGAGCGACCAUUUUUAAAGGUAAAAUAAUACCAAACUACAUUAUUGAUAGCAAUUUAGAAGGUGAAACUGGAGAGCAGAAACCAUCUGAAAAUAAUUCCCAAAAACAAAUUCUAGAAGAAACUUCUAUACAUCAAGACAGUAUCACAGACUCUGAAGAUGAUGCGUCAGUAGCUUCCCAACCAGGGUUGACCAGUUCCUCUAACAGUGAGGAUUCUUCUAGUCUAGAGGAGGACAGUGGUUCAUUAGAAAGUAGUGAGUUUAAUGAUAAGAAUAUUAAGGACUCAGAAGACCAUCUACAGGAAUCAAUGGAAACAUUAGAAGAUCCCAAAGUUAAUAAAUGGGACAAAAAAAGGGUUCAGCCAAUAGAGUCGAUAUUGGCAGAUUGGAAGGAGGACAUUGAAGCAUUUGAACUGAUGGAAAAGGAUGAACUAUGACCAAGAACUCAAAAAUAAAAACUUUGUCCACAAAACCAGAUCUCUUCUGAAAUAUCCAUGGUGUUGCAAGACUUUUCUGAAGGUCAGAAGUAUACAUGUGAACUUUAUGUGAACAUUAUUUUCUGCAGAUUUCUAAUGGGUCCUUACCUCCAAGGCAUGCCCGUUUCAUGUUGUGGAUGGAUCCUCUGAAUUUGUCAGAUAUUCAUGGAUUCUAGGAACAAAUUCUAUUUUUAUGAAGAUCUACCAGGGAGGGGCUUCAUCAAAAUAAUAAGACACAAUGUUUAAGAGCUUGCAAAACUCUAUCUUCACUAAAACUGAGAAAAGAAAAUCCUUUAAUUUAUUAAAUAAUUUUAAAGAUUU